AUGAAGAACGAGGAAGCCAGCUUCCACAAAUAUAGAACAACGAAAGGCUGUCACUUGUCUGACUCUAUUCGAUCAGUCGCCUUAGAACAUGCUGCCGGGGUACGGUUCAUGACUGGGAGAGAAGCUAGCAAGAUAUUGUUAAAAGGCAAAGACGGGCUAGUGAGCUUGAAUCUCUUUCACAGGAAAGCAGGUCCUUGGGACGACAAGCUUGCUUCAACAGACGGGAGAAGCUCAGAAAAGACUUCGCCGACUGAUUGCAGACCCCCUUUCAGUCGAUGGCCUAAAGCAUUCACACUGAAGGUGAUAGGCAACAUGAUAAUGAGUUUAGAGCCAGAUGGUGAGGAGCAGGAGAAGUUCCGAGAACAUCAUGAUAUUCUAUGUAACAGAGAGAAUGGAUCAAGUGUUACCUGGUCGGAAGUUAACAAUAUGCCAUACACCAACAAAGUGAUCAAUGAAACUCUUCGAGGAGCCACAAUCCUACCUUGGUUUUCAAGAAAAGCAGCACAGGACUUCGAUAUUGAUGGGUAUAAAAUUCAAAAAGGUUGGUCUGUUAACUUGGAUGUUGUGUCUAUCCACCACGAUCCGGAGAUUUUUCCUAAUCCACAGAAGUUUGAUCCAUCCAGAUUUUCUGAUCCCAUAAAACCUUUCAGCUUCCUUUGGAAGUGGACCACGCAUGUGUCCUGGAAUCAACCUGGCCAAGCUGGAAAUUUGUGUUUUCAUCCAUUACUUGAUCUGCAGAUACAAUUUGCAUCGGUGUUUCUCCAUUGCAGGUGGAAGCCACUAGAGAGAGAUGAUUCUGUCCAGCCAACAUUAGUCAGGAUGCCAAAGAACAAGUAA